AUGUCGUCGGGUUCGUUCAAGGGAUACGCCGUCACCUCGUCCUCGGCCUGGGCCAGUCCCACGCUCAUCGACUUUGAGCCUGUGCCCUUUGGCAACCAUGACAUCGACGUCAAAAUCGACUACUGUGGCGUCUGUGCCAGCGACCUGCUGACCGCCCGCGCCGGGACGGGAAAUGAUGGCUGGCCAGAGACUAUGUACCCCGUCGUGACGGGCCACGAGAUCGUCGGCAAGAUCGUCCGUAUGGGCGAACAGGUGGACAAGUCCAAAUUCCACGAAGGCCAAGUCGUCGGCGUGGGAGUCCUUUCGGCCACGUGUGGUUCUUGUAGGCUGUGUCAGAGUGAUCGAGAAAACUAUUGUCCCGAUCUGGUCGAGACAUACAACUCCAAGUACCCCGAUGGAUCCAUGUCCUUUGGCGGUUACGCCAACUACAAACGAUGCCACCAAGACCUCGUCUUUCCGAUCCCCAAGGCGUUGCCGCCCGAGCAUGCCGCGCCCAUGCUCUGCGCCGGCCUGACCGUCUUUAGCCCAUUGAAGGCCGCGGGCGUCGGACCGGGUAAGAGAGUGGGCGUGGUCGGGGUCGGAGGACUGGGCCACUUUGCCGUCCUGUUCGCGUCCGCCAUGGGCGCCGAGGUGACGGCAAUCUCACACAGUCCGCGCAAGAAGGCUGACGCCACGGAGAUGGGCGCCACGGGGUUCAUCGUCACCGCCGACAGGGAGGACUGGGCGGAGCAGAACAAAAACUCCUUCGACCUCAUCAUCUCGACCACCUUCGCCAACGACAUGCCUUUGGACAAAUAUCUCCAGCUGCUGGAUGUCGGCGGCCAAUUCGCCUUGGUUGGUCUGGGCAGAUGA